UGUUGAAAAAUUUAGUUUUCAUCCUGACUCUUGAGUGGAAAGUUCUCUUUGGAGAAAUAAAUUCCAAGAAUCCUUUUUCUUGGUGACCGUUAAUUGAAUCUCUUGUGACUUGAUUUUUCGCUGAUUGCUCGCGGAUUUUGUGCGAUUAGAAAAUCAUUUUGUGUUCUGAGUUUUUGUUUUAUAAAUAAACUACAUAAAAUCACAGAAAAUGGUUGAGACGAACAACCUGAUUAUUGAGGAGGAAGGCGCGAAACCUCUGCACCAUGUUGAUGUGCCUUUUGAGAGAGCAACCUUUGGUAUGGGCUGCUUUUGGGGCAUCGAUAGCCUCUUUGGGGCCACUCAGGGAAUACUCCGGACUCGAGUGGGCUACUCUGGUGGCACUACAAGUAAUCCUGUGUACAAAGACCUGGGUGAUCAUACCGAAGUUAUUGAGAUCCAUUACGAUCCCAAGAGAAUCUCCUACAGCCAAUUGCUGGAGCUGUUCUGGAACAAUCAUGAGUACGGAUUGUGCACAAAGAUCAAGCGUCAGUAUGCCAGCUUGAUCAUCUAUCACACAGAGGAGCAGAAGAAGAUCGCUGAGCAGAGCCUGGAAUUGGAGCGGGAGAAUAGGGCACCAGAGGAGAUCACCACAGAAAUCCUCCCGUGCGAUAUCUUCUACCCAGCUGAAGACUAUCAUCAGAAAUAUCGCCUUCAGAGUCACAAAGAGCUGACCAAAUCGCUGGGAAUAGACUCGAGGCUCCUGCAGACAUCCCAUGUGGCUGCCAGGCUCAAUGGGUACCUUGUGGGAGUCGGUGGUGUGGGUCAGUACCUCAAAGAGGCUGACAGUUUGGGUCUUACUGAGGAUCAGAAGGAGUAUGUGAGGAAAUUCGUGGAGGAAAAUGAAGGAGGUGGUCUCUUCUGCUGACUUUAUCACUACCAGUCCCCCUUCAAUGCUACAAGAGGCACUCUAUCAGAGAUUUUCAUGUAUUAUCAGUUCCAUUUUUACAUUUAUAAGGAGUAUUUUACAGUAUGGCAAAUUAAAUUGAGAAAAAAUUCGGAAAAUUCCAUUUUUCUUUGUAUAAUUGCAAUUAACACUUUCGCGUCACACUUUUAUUCAUCAGAUGAAUUCAUGUAAAAUUGAGUUUUUCCUAAUGCUUUAUGAUCAAAUAUAAUAGUUCUGAGAGGAAAAAAAAUUUCCAUUGCGUAAAAACUCGGAAAAACCCCGGGUCAUAUAUGACCCUGUUGUCCUCAAGGGAAGUGUACAUAACAUUUUCAAAAUAUAUAUCACCGGCUUUUUGAGAGUAUUUUUUUUUGCUUGAAGUUAUUAAUUUGGCCAAAACCAUGGCAAACAGGAUUGUCUUGAUCGAAAUUAUAGUGAUUUUUGAUCUCAAAUAUUUUCUUUUCCUGAAUAUCUGGAGUCUUGAGAAAAUUAGCCAAGAAUCUUACAUCCUUCUAUUACGAUGUCGUGCACAAACCGAUAGAUUUCAAUUAAUGUAAAUAGUCAAAAAAAAAUUGUUUUUUCCCGGGUCAUAUAUCGUCAGUUCAAUCAGCAUUUGUCGUAACUUCAUUUUUGCGAUUUUGAUAUAUGUACAUAUUUAGAAUCGGCGUAAUUUUGUUUAUUAAACGCAUAUGAGAAAAAUAAACUUUUAUAAUCCCAAUAAAAAUUAUUUUAAGCAAAAAUUAUCGUAAGUGUUCUUAAUUAAUAAAAAAUUAUCAGAAUUUGUCGUAACUUCCAUUUUUGGGGAAGUUACGACAAAUUUUCAUACAAAAUUUGCUCUAAUCAGCAUUUGCCGUAACUUUUUUAGCUCGCCUGCGUGGCUUGUAAUUUGCAGCAAAAAUUUAAUAUUUCUCAUUAAAACGUUCACAAACUCUUCCAAAUAUCCAAAGACAGUGCGAAUAAUGCAACAUUAAAUCAUUUUAAUUCAAUAUUUGCGAGAAAAAAUUGAGAAAAAAUCCCUGCCCAUCUGUCAUUAAUUCAAAACAAAACAAGCGAUGCGGCGCACAAAAUUUAUUAAAUCAUUUUAUAAAGAUUUUCUUGAGUUAACUUACAGUUUAUUCGUGCCACUUUUAUUAUUUUGACUCAAAAGUAUUGCAUUCGGGGCUCAUUUUUAAGGAAAAUAAUGUUGAACUGAAAAUUUCGUCUCCUGAAAUGUUGUUAAAAGGAAGUUACGACAAAUGCUGAUUUAACUGACGAUCUGUCAUUAAUUCAAAACAAAACAAGCGACGUGGCGCACAAAAUUUAUUCAACAAAAGUUACGAAAUAAAAGCUUUUAGGGACAGGGACCACAGUUUAAUUGACUAAUUUAGUGAAAUAAAGGCACUCAUUAUCACUAGAGUAAAUAAAAUUGAUAUAGGGGAAGGUCGUCUGCCUGCAAACGAAAAAUGGAGUUCCAAAUUUAAGAUUUUUUUCUGAAGAAUCUACAAAA